CGUGAGUGAGAACCGGCUGACGCUGCAGGACACCCCUCCGCCCGGACUCCCACGUGCUCAUGUCACGCCCGCGCACGCACAGGACGCAGCCCCGCUGGCCCAGCGCGCCGCCCUGCCCCCAGUGAGGGCCCUCCUGGCGGAGGGGAGGAGGACGCCCAUCCUGCGGCUGAAGCCCAAGCCCAGGGCGGUGACGUUCGGGGACGUGGCCAUCUACUUCUCCCCCGAGGAGUGGGCGCAGCUGAGCCCCCCGCAGAGAGCGCUGUACAGGGACAUCAUGCUGGAGACCUACCAGACGCUGGCCUCGCUGGGCCUGACCGGCCGGAAGCCAGACGUGAUCGCCCUGUUGGAGAAAGGGAGAGCACCCUGGACGGUGGGAAGGCACCAAGGCCUGGGGGGCUUCCAGGACGCCAGGCGAGCUCGGGGGCGCGGGGCCGCGUGCCCGCCAUGGAGGGGGUCCGCGCAGCAGGACACGUGCGAGGAGCGGCGAGCCUCGAACGCCGAGAGAAUGCGAUGCUGGCGACAGAGCGCACCUGAACAGCUGCGCGCCUCUAAUGCUGAGAGAAUGCCCUACUGGCGACAGAGCGCACCCGAGCAGCCGCGCGCCUCCAACGCCGAACGGAGGCGCUGCUGGCGGCAGAGCCUGUCCACGGAGCAGCUGCUGGUUCAGCGAAGGUCUGCCGCCGAAAGGAGCCGGCGCUACCUGCAGAUGUCCCAGGAGCAGCGGGCUGCCGACACGGAGAGAAGAUGGCGCUGGCGACAGAGCCUAACCUGA